CAGGAGGUCAGCCACAGUCCGGGACACUCAGCGAUCCAGAAGCCGCGGCACCAUGAGCUUCUCCUUGCUGAGCCUCACCAGGCCCCUGGGCAGGAUCCCUGGGCUCCUGCAGGUGGCCUCCCUGCUGGUCCUUGUACUGCUGCUGCUGCUCAAGGCAGCGCAGCUUUACCUGCACAGGCAGAGGCUGCUGAAAGCCCUCCAGCACUUCCCGUGCCCUCCAUCCCACUGGCUGUUCGGGCACAGAUGGGAGUUCGAAAAUGACCAGGAGCUACAAGUGCUUCAGAACAGGAUAGAGAAAUACCCGUGUGCCAGUCCUCGCUGGCUAUGGGGGAGCAUGGCUAUCCUCGUGGUCUAUGACCCUGACUAUAUGAAGGCGAUCCUGGGGAGAUCAGAUCCCAAAGCUCAUGAUUCCUACAGAUUCCUGGCUCCCUGGAUUGGGUACGGUUUGCUCCUGUUGAAUGGGCAGACGUGGUUCCAGCACCGACGGAUGCUGACGCCAGCCUUCCACUAUGACGUCCUGAAGCCCUAUGUGGGACUCAUGGCCAGCUCUGUCCACCUGAUGCUGGACAAAUGGGAGGAUCUCAUCAGCCGGAACCCACAUCUGGAGAUCUGUAGGCCCAUCUCCUUGAUGACCCUGGAGACCAUCAUGAAGUGCGCCUUCAGCCACCAGGGCAGCCUCCAGACCGACAGGGACUCCCAGUCCUACAUCCAGGCCAUUGAGGACCUGAGCAAUCUGUUCUUUUCCCGGGUGAAAAAUGCUUUUUACCAGAAUGACAUCAUCUACUGGCUGACCCCUGAAGGCCGCUGGAGCCACCGGGCCUGCCAGAUCGCCCAUCAACACACAGACCAGGUGAUCAAGCUGAGGAAGGCUCAGCUGCAGAAGGAGGCAGAGCUGGAGAAGAUCAGGAGGAAGAGCCACUUGGAUUUCCUGGACAUCCUCCUCUUUGCCAGAAUGGAGAACGGGAGCCGCUUGUCUGAUGAGGACCUCAGAGCUGAGGUGGACACAUUCAUGUUUGAGGGCCACGACACCACAGCCAGUGGCAUCUCUUGGAUCCUCUACGCUCUGGCCAUGCACCCCAAGCAUCAGCAGAGGUGUCGGGAGGAGAUCCAGGGCCUCCUGGGGGAUGGCACCUCCAUCACAUGGGACCACCUGGACCAGAUGCCCUACACCACCAUGUGCAUCAAGGAGGCUCUGCGGCUCUAUCCACCUGUACCAGGCGUUAGGAGGGAGCUCAGCAAGCCCAUCACCUUCCCUGAUGGACGCUCCUUACCCAGAGGAAUUGCAGUCUUCCUGUCCUUUUAUGCCCUUCACCGUAACCCAAAGGUGUGGCCGAACCCAGAGGUAUUUGACCCUUUCCGGUUUGCUCCGGGUUCUGUGCGACACAGCCAUGCUUUCCUGCCCUUCUCAGGAGGAUCAAGGAAUUGUAUCGGAAAGCAGUUUGCUAUGAAUGAGAUGAAGGUGGCUGUGGCCCUGACCCUGCCCCGCUUUGAGCUGGCACCGGAUCCCUCUAGGGUCCCUGAUCCCAGACCAAGAAUUGUGUUGAGAUCCAGAAAUGGGAUCCACCUGCAUCUCAGGAAGCUCCUCUAACCCAUGUUGGGACAAGGACAGGCUCUGCAGCCUCCUGCCUGCCAUCCUGUCUACCUGCCACUCUCUCAUUUCCCCUGCCUGUUUGCUCACUUCCUGCUUUUCUGUCUGUCCACCUGCCAAACUACCUGAUCUCUUGCCUCUCAC